CAGGGCUUAAGAUAGGAACACCGGCCUUCAUGAAACAAAAGCCGCCUGAACUAACUUCGAAAAAGCAAGUGGCACCAAAACUAUUCAAUUUUGGUUCUUCAUCAACUAGGACCCUUCGGAAGCGCCGAUCACCGACUCCCACCCCUACUAAAGCUGCUUCUUCACACUCUGGUGAUUCUGAUGAUUUUAACAGUAGAGAUAAUGAAGUGGGUAGCAAACACAAAGAUGGUGAAGGCUCAAAGGAUUCUGACGCUGAUGACAGUCAGCCCCUUUAUACAGAGGAGCAAAAUCCAGAAAACUCUCCGCGAUCAGAGGAUCAACCUAAACGCAAAUAGAAGAGAAGAAGGCGCUCCAAGUUCACGCUCAACAUGAAUAAUAGAGCUAGUCAAGGGAAGAGGCUGCUCAAUGCGUUGGCAACACAGAAGCAAAGCAAAGAUAAUGAAUCUGAGAAACCUGAACAGGCUAGUCAUAAAAGGGGUCAACCAGCAGCAGCAUCUAGACAACCACCAAAAGCGUCAGUUAGACAGCCAGCAGAUCGACAGCCACAAAUAGCAUCCGCAGUCAAGCCAGCAGCAGCAUAUCGACAGCCACCAGCAGAAUCUGCAGUCAAGCCAGCCGCAGCAACAGAAAGACAGCAAGAAGAUGUUAGUGAUACUAUAUCUGAGUUUUCACCAUCAGAGUCAGGCAUCUUAGCACCCGAGUUUAAAGAGAAAUUGAUCAGGACUAAAAGCUGGAUUGAUGAUCAUAGAAACCUCACGAAUGCAAUGGCUUCAGAGUUUGACUUCAUUGACAAUCUUCAAGCAUUAACCCCGGUACUUCCUUUUGGGACAAAUCAAGAGUUGACCCCCACUGAGAUAAUAGAUAAUAUCACUGACUUUGAAGGCAAUGAUCUUAUUCAGCUGCAACCAGUCACUAACACUUCUGUAUUUAUGGGAAAUUACCUGAAUGAGUACACACCAGUCAGUGACGUAGCAGCAAAUAUUCUUCCAAGUCCUAAUUGCAAGAAGAGGCUUUUUGAUUGUGCCGAGAGUACUGAUAUUAAUCUGGGAACUGCUCCUCUUGAAACUGGAACUCAAUCCUUUGCUAUUCCAACAUCAAUGCUGCCACUGAAUGCAGAAGUAGUACCUCAAGCAAAUACUUUGGACAAAAAUGAGAAUAUAAUUAUUUCCAGUACUGAAGCUCCUCAACAGGCAGAAGAGGUUAUUGCAUUUAAUGGGGGGACCUCAAAUGGUGACGAAGUAGACCUUGAAGCUGAAUCUACUGUGCAAGAUAGUGGGGAACAAUUAGGCACUUCAAAUAAUUCUGUUGGCAAAAAACGGAAAAGGCAGGCUGCCCCUAAUGUAAAUAGUCCAACCAAAAAAAGGCAACGCAACCCAUCACAAGCCAUAGCGGCUAAAAUCAAGGAAGCGUACAACACUGGAAAACCUCACAUUACUAAAAGGGGGAAAGAGCGUGAGGCUAGAAGCCUCAAACCUGGAUGCACUGCAAAGUGCCGCCAGGAGUGCCAAGCUCGCAUCACCAGAGAACAACGGCAAAGAGUAUUUAAUUCUUAUUAUAGUUCUGGAAACAAACCAUCUCAGUGGCUUAUGAUAUCCAAGAUGGUCAGGAAAAAACCUGUACAGCGAAGAACCGUUGUUGCUCUAAGCCCACAUAGGAAAAUGUCUCAUUUAUACUGUUUGCCAGAUGAGGCAGACAAUUUGAUUCCAGUGUGUCAGACAAUGUUUCUCCAUACGCUUGAUAUAAGUGUGACAGUAGUCCAGAGUGCUAUGAAUAAGAAUAGUCCUGAUAAAAGGGGUAAGCAUGUAUUAAGAAGAGUUAGGAUUGCUCCCGCUUUAAUUCAAGGGGUUAAAGAUCACAUUAAGUCUUUCCCUAAAACUGAAAGCCACUACUGCCGUGAGGGCACCAAACGCCAGCAUCUCCAAGAAAAUCUGAGCAUUUCUAAAAUGUACCGUAUGUACGUACAUAACACAAAGAGGUCAAGAUACUCCACACACUGCUACCCUCCGCCAGUAUCAAGACAUCUUCAUUACCUCCUUCAACCUUGGUUUCUACAAACCCAAGAAAGAUCAAUGCUCUCUCUGUGCCAGAUGGAAUGCCCUGCGAGAAGAGGAAAGGGUGAAUAAUAUUGACUUAGCAAGAGAGUAUAACGAGCAUGUACAAGCCAAAAUACUUGUUAGAGAAAUUAGGAAAGAUAUCAAAACUUUAAGCCGGAGUGAAGAGAAUAAAGAGAAGAUGAUCAAAGUAAUCUGUUUUGAUCUUCAAA